AGAUUAACAAUGAAUUUAAUAGAAUCGAUGAAUCAUGAUAAUUUUUUUUUAUACUGAAUCACGAUAAUUUUAACAAAAAUUACAUUUUAUACUACUACUAUUAUUUUAGUUUGUCAAACUCACCGUAAUUCCAAACACAUUCGAAAAAUGUUGAUAGUAAAUAUUGAGCCACAGGCAAAAAUGUUAAUUUCCCCACCGAUCCCGCCUUUACUUCAACUCACCCUCAGAUUUACUCAAUGCAGUGGCCGGCGAUGAACGCCGGCCUCGGCAUCGCCGCAAUGUCCUACAUAGCCGUUGACUACCUCCGCCACCUUUCCCCAAAGUGGCACUCACGUCUUCAACCGGCGCUAUGGUCUAUCCUCGCUCUCGCUGCCGUCUUCCGUGUCCCUUCUUACCGGCACUGGUCCGCCGAGUUCCGCUCCGCUAUUCCUUUCAUCGCUUCAAUGCUUUUCAUGCUCUCUGCUCUCCUCUUUGAAGCUCUCUCCGUUCGCUCCGUCACCGCCGUACUCGGCCUUGACUGGCACCGGAAUACAGCUCCUCUUCCAGAUACUGGUCAAUGGUUUCUCUUGGCAUUAAAUGAGAAACUUCCUGCUCCAAUUGUUGGGAUAUUAAGAGCUCGUAUUAUUGGAUUGCACCAUUUCUUGAUGUUGUUUAUGAUGCUGGCAUUUUCUGUGCUAUUUGGUUCUGUGAAAGCUCCUGGCCUUGGACUCGGUGCUAGAUACAUGUUUACCAUGGGAAUUGGACGCCUUCUUCGUGCCAUAAGUUUUUCGUCUACAAUUCUUCCGUCAGCUCGUCCUUGGUGUGCUAGUUCUCGGUUUAGAGUUCCUGGAUAUCCUCAUCGUUGGGCUCAGAAAUAUUAUGUUCCCUAUGCUUCGGAUCAUGGUGCUAUCAGCCAGCUGUUAAGAAGCGAUCAAGCUUAUGUUGACAUUGGGAAACCAAUUGGUGACUACCAGCCACAAUGGGGUUCAAUGAGCUUUCUGAUUGAUUUUCUACGACCCACUGCCUCAGAAGGACCAUCAUGGUUCGGUCUGUUAAAGAAAGCUGGAGGUGGCUGCAAUGACCUGCUAUACAGUGGACACAUGCUUGUUGCGGUACUGACAGCUAUGGCUUGGACAGAAGCGUAUGGAGGUUUCAGUUCAGCUCUUGUAUGGCUUCUUGUAUUGCACAGUGCCCAGAGAGAAGUGCGAGAACGCCAUCACUACUCUGUAGACUGCAUUGUAGCCAUAUAUGUAGGGAUCCUUCUGUGGAAGAUGACAGGUUUUAUCUGGUCACAUGAAAUUAGACAUGGAAAUAAGAGUCUGAUUAAGUUUGAGAAGAUUAAAAGUAGACUCAUCCAAGCUUCGAAGGACUCAGACAUCGAUAAAGUGCGAGAACUACUCAAAGAGAUUGAGUUAAGCAGUGAUGAGGGCAAAAAUCAGACUACAAUUAAGUAUGCACGGUUAUUUCGUAGUGCCACCAUCAUCUUUGCACUCAUUAUUGUUGUUCUGGCCUUCACACUAACAACUGAUGGAUGAUCUUGUCGCAGACCUGAAUUUUUACACUGUCACACGGUCUUGACUUUUUGUAUGUGUUUUUUUGUGUAUUCUGUUGUUUCCGGCAAUAGUUUUGGAGUGUCACACGGAUUUCUAGUGUUUAGCAUUGUUACUGCUGUUUCAUUUUGUAUCAUUAACAUGUAAUCUACUCUGUAAUCUGUAUGAAUGGUUUCAUUUUGUAUCAUAUCAUCAUUAGACAUGUAA